AUGCUUUCCUGCUGCCUCUUACUCUCGCUCAUGGCCGCUCUUGGUCUCACAGCACCCUUGCCGGGGGGAGCGGGUUCUCCAGACGUGACCUUGGCCACAGAAUACCUCAAGCGCUACUACAGGCGGCGAGAUGAGCAGCCUCCGGAAUCCCUGUCUGUUGGGUCCAAGCUGAAAGACAUGCAGACGUUCUUCGGCCUCAAUGCAACAGGUGUGCUCGAUCGUCAGACUCUGCAGGUGAUGAAGAGCCCUCGCUGUGGCGUUCCAGAUCUGGAAGAGUACGGCAGUCACGUCCCGACGACACGAUUGAACAAGACGGUCAUCACGUACAGCAUUGGCAGACACACCAGAGACAUGCCUCGCAGCUCCGUCCACUCCUUGCUUGAGUCGGCCUUCAGCGUUUGGGCCAGAGUCAGCGGUCUGACGUUUGUCCGCUCGCACACCCGCAAGGCUGACAUCACGGUGGAGUUUGUCAGCCAUGAACACGGCGAUCUCUAUCCAUUCGACGGAUCCGGUGGUGAGUUGGCUCAUGCUUUCGGUCUGGGUCAGGGCGUCGGGGGCGACGUGCACUUUGAUGACGACGAGCGUUGGACAGCAGGAGGCGCAGGUUUGAGUCUUUUUGAGAUGGCUGCGCAUGAAUUUGGCCACGCUUUGGGCCUGAAGCACUCGAGGAACCCCGCCUCAAUAAUGCACCCCAUUUACAAGGCCUUUCCAGCAGGAGCCAACUUACUCUCUAGAGACGACGUCGCAACAAUCAACGCACUUUAUCGUACUAACUCAGCCAGCUACUUAAUAUUUGAAAAAGUCAAAUUUUUGGAUUACUCCUCCGAAUUGCCAUUCCCCGAACUCACACGAAACAGAUGUGCUCCUGAUGUGACAUUUGACGCCGUCUCCACACUCGGGGAUGCCACCAUCUUUUUCACAGACAGGUAUCUAUGGAUUAAACACAAUAAAGCAUUUGGUAUCAAAGAAGGUCCCAUCACCAACUUCAUGCCUAAGAUGGAAAGCAGCAUUGACGCCGCCUUUUGGGUUCCUCGCAGAUCAACUGCGUACCUCAUUCACGAGUCUAUGUUCUGGACGGUGAAAAGCUCAGUCUUGAAGGGAAAGCCCAGAGCUCUCAGCCAUUUUGGGUUUCCUGUCUGGGUGCAGGAUGUGGACGCUGCUGUGCACGUUGUCAAAACGGGACGCACCCUCUUCUUCAUGCAUGAUAUUUACUGGAGCUACAAUGAAAACAGAAAAGUGAUGGACUUUGGUUACCCCAAAUAUAUCAUUCAUGACUUUCCUGGACUCAACACCACAAUAAAUGCUGCCGUUUAUAAAGACGGUUUCAUUUAUUUCUUUGUUGGACCACACGUCAUCAAGUACGACUACACCCACAAACAUGUUGCUGGAGUCAACAAAGCAAAUUCCUGGCUCGGGUGUUGAAACUAUGCACCCAAGGCUUCUUCACCUGCUAGUAAUGUUUUUACACAAUUAAAGCGCCACUAUUUAAACCUAGUAAUGUGUCUGCCUUUAUGAAAAAAAAUUGUCAUAUAUAAAUAGAA